UAAACGGGAGCGGAAUUAAAGAAUAAACCCGAGCGGACAGGCAGCGGGGCCGCGGAGCUCUCCCGCCUCCCCUUCCUUCCCGCUCGCCUGCGCCGCCCGCCUGCCUGGGGGGACAGCGCGGGACGCGGAGCCGGGGCGCAGCGGCGGGACGACAAUGCAGCAGGCGGAGAAAGCAGGAGGGGCAGCGCACGGCAACAUGGAGGGAGGCGCGGAGCGGGCCAGCCCCUGAUGCGGCUCUUUCUCCUCCUCCUCCGGGCAGCGGCUCCGGCGGCGAUUCUCUCCCUGGCGGCGGCUGGCGGCGGCGGGUGGAAAUGAGCAGGUCGGCGGCGCUUCUCCUCUGCCUGCUGGGCUGCAACGUGUGGAAGGCGGUGACCAAAACCUUAGGGGCGCCCGAGGCGGCUCAAGAAGUAACGCUGAAGGUCCAUGUAAGUGAUGCCAGCACCCAUCAGCCAGUAACUGAAGCCUUCAUUGAGAUUUUUACCAACCAGAUCUCCAUUGCAUCUGGAACCUCAGGAGCAGAUGGCACUGCCUUCCUCAAGUUUCAGUAUAAGUUGGGCAAUCAGCUGAUAGUGACUGCUAGUAAACAUGCAUAUGUGCCAAAUUCUGCACCAUGGAAACCUGUAAGAUUGCCUGUGUUCUCCUCACUGAGCCUUGGCCUUCUUCCUGAACGCUCAGCUACUCUGAUGGUCUAUGAUGAUGUAGUCCAGAUAGUCUCAGGAUUUCAAGGUGCCCGGACUCAGCCACAAGUUCACUUUCAGAGAAGAUCUGUGAAAUUGCCAGAGAACACUAGCUACAGUGAUUUGACAGCAUAUCUGACUGCAGCCAGUUCACCCUGGGAAGUGGACAGUUUCCCUUAUUUGCAGGGAUUAGAUGGAAAUGGAACAGGAAACAGCACCAGGUAUGACCUCACCCCUGUCACUGCCGUCAGCGUCCACCUCCUGAGCAGCGAUGGCAGCCCCGUCCCCGUCAACGGCCCCAUCUACGUAACAGUGCCUCUGCCAGCAAACAGCAACCUGAAACACAAUGCACACGUUCCAGCAUGGAGGUUUGACCAAAAAUUUGGGACAUGGCUGAAGAGUAGUUUGGGCAUUGUACAGCAAGAAGGAAAUCAGUUGACUUGGACUUACAUUGCACCUCAGCUGGGCUACUGGGUUGCAGCUAUGUCACCUACUAUCCCAGGUCCCGUUGUAACACACGACAUUACCAGCUAUCACACAAUGUUUCUUUUGGCAAUUUUAGGAGGGAUGGCUCUCAUACUUCUAGUCUUGCUGUGUCUGCUUUUGUAUUAUUGCAGAAGAAAAUGUCUAAGACCACGUCAACAUCAUAAGAAACUGCAACUUUCGACAGCACUGGACACUUCUAAGAAGGAUCAAGCAACCUCAAUGUCCCAUAUAAAUUUAAUAUUUUCACGUCGUGAGUCAGAAUUUCCAGGUGGAUUGUCUGUUGCUAGCAAUGGACACGCUGAAAACUCAGGGGCAAAGGAAUUAAUCAGUGCUGUCCACAUGGAGAUGGUAUCACCUACUGGAGAAGCAGAUAUGCAUACACCUAUGCUCAAACACUCCUUCAGUACUUCCCAGGAGUUUAGCUCCCGAGAGGAAUUGCUCUCUGACAAGGAGAAAGACAAGAGCAGAAUUUCCUUGGAUGACCUGACUCCCAGUGGGUCUCUAAGAAAAGACUACCACAAGUCAGCAGAUAGUUUUCCUCUAAAGACAAGAAAAUCUACAGAAACAGCUGAAGGCUAUGAGUCCCCUAUCAAAGAGGAGUAUAGGAGAAGUUACAAUGCUAUGCUGUCUCAGCCUUUAUUUGAAAAGCAAGAGAGAGAAGUUCAAGUAUCUAUGAACCAUAUUGCUACUGGAAGUAAAUACAAUAUUCAGGAACAAAUAUACCCCACACCUUCAGCCCCUGAAAAAGAGCUGCUGGACUGCAGACCUACUGAUUGUAUGAUGUCUCGUUCAGUUGAUCACCUUGAAAGACCUACGUCUUUCCCCCGACCAGGUCAGUUAAUCUGCUGCAAUUCUGUCGACCAAGUCAAUGACAGUGUUUACAGAAAGGUUUUGCCUGCGCUGGUCAUCCCAGGUCAUUACAUGAAGCUGCCUGGAGAACACCCUUUUGUUAGCCAGCCCUUGGUUGUCCCAGCUGACCAGCAGAUUGAUAUAGAAAGACUUCAGGCUGAGCUUCCUAACCCUCACGCACGGCUCUUCCCACACCCUGCCCAGCAGCUGCAGCCCCAGCAGUUGGCAUCCCAAGCAAUAUCUCAGCAACAUUUGCAAGAUGCAGGUGCAGCUGAGUGGAGUCAGCAAAACGCUUCCAUGUCUGAAUCUAUUUCCAUUCCUGCCUCUCUUAACGAUGCAUCCCUGGCUCAGAUGAAUAGCGAAGUGCAGCUUCUUACAGAAAAGGCUUUGAUGGAAUUGGGAGGUGGGAAGCCAUUGCCUCACCCUCGAGCAUGGUUUGUUUCUCUAGACGGGCGUUCCAAUGCUCAUGUUAGACAUUCAUACAUUGAUCUCCAAAGAGCUGGUAGGAACGGGAGCAACGACGCCAGUUUGGACUCUGGUGUUGACAUGAAUGAACCGAAAUCUGCCCGAAAGGGAAGAGGAGAUCAUCUGUCUGCACCUCAGAGUCACCCCCCAGUGCAGGAGCACCAGCAGAGAGAGCGGAAGGUUUCAGACAGCACAGCUUACACACAGCUCGUGUACUUGGAUGACAUGGACCAAAGUGGCAGCGAGUGUGGAACAGCCGUUUGUAGCCCCGAGGACAAUGCUCUCCGGUGCCUCCUGGAAGGCACCAGUAAGAGAAGUGGUGUGCAGCUGCCCAGCCUGCAGGAGGAAACCAGAACUGUGGAUACCAAACCAGAGCCAUUAACUAGUCCUGAACAUGGAACAUCCGUUCAAGAUGAUGAUGAUGAAGAUGAGGAGGAUGAGGAAGAUGACCAAGGGGAAGAUAAGAAGAGUCCUUGGCAGAAACGAGAGGAAAGACCACUAAUGACUUUCAAUCUAAAAUGAGCUAUUGUGAAAAUCCACCCUUCAGUGGAGUAUAAAAUUGCCAAAUAUCCUUUCUGUGGAAGUGCUUGAUAUUUUUUUCUUUUUUUCUUCUUUUUUUUUUUUAUAUUGUGGAGAGAAAAGAGAAAAACAAACUGUGGUGAGCAACAUUUGAAAGAACUUAAAUGCAUUACUGUGUAAAUGUUAGAAAAGAAUUAAAAUCAUUCCUCUGAUUUAACAGCUGCCUCCAGUGAGAUAGCUGAACAAAGAGUGUGAUUGUUAUUCCAUAUACUUGAUAUUGGUCAUCCAGGAUGUUGAAAAUACUGACAAAUUGUUUUGGUUGGUUUAUGACCUCAAUCUCCUUAUGAAUGGGAGCUGGUAAAGCUUUUGUUUUGUAGGCCAAUUUUAUGUUGAUAAUGCUACUGAAAGUAUCUUAAAAACAGGAGUUUGACACAUGGUGUCCAAAAUUGUGCAUUAUCUCAAUGAAAGGCUAUGCAUUGCUGCUUUUAGUAAUAUUUUGCUUAUACUAUGCUUUUCUUAAUUUUACAAGUUGGUUGUAAACAUAUUAUGUCCUUUAUUAUAAACUACUCAGCAAUUUAUUUUAAUGUACAACUGCAGGAAACUUGAGUAGCAUCCCUUAGCAUUGAAGCCUUUUUAUGAAACCAAACUGAACUUUGUGUCAACUAAGAUUCCUCCAAUUCUGGUACCAUUUUCUCAAAGUGCCUUUUUUACAGUAACAAUGAACAGUCCCUUCUUUUGCUAAGUCCUUUUAAUUGACCCCAUUUGAGAUUUUAUAAACUUCUGAACUUCUACCUUUUAUUUUAAGCUGCAUGCCAAGAGUCCCAUUUUGUGCUGAGCAUUUCUCAUUUCAAUACAGUGUAUUCUGUAGCUAUCAUGUAUAUUGUGGAUUCUGUUUAGCCAGGAUAGACUUAGAAGACAUUUUAAAGGGCCCAGAGUAGCCAAGAAGAUAGUUUCAGUGACUGUAUAUAUUGUUAGUUUCCUCUGGAAUCCCAUGAGCUAAUCAUGCUCAUAUAAAAUGGACUAUCGACCGAGCAAGUGGACUGAAUGUGUCUAAAAAAAUAGGGGAAAAAACAAAUGUACUAUCCAAAAGUGCCAGAAUUACUCUUCUGUGCUUUUUCCAUACAGAGCUGCUUGGUUAUCCAAAAAUUAUAAUUGAAAAUAAACUGCAAAAAGUA